UAGUGAGUGAGUGUGAAACAUUCGUCUUAAAGAUACCUGAAAUAUAUUUUUUUUAUUCAUUGUCUUCCCACUUCCCCAACUGUUGGACUAGCCCAAAGCAGACAUGUGUACUUUGGAUAAGGGUGGGGCUGCCACCUAGCAAAAGAAAAAUCAUGGCGGCUGCACCGUCAAGUUUGGGGACACAAUUCCAUGAAGAAUUGACCUGCAGCAUCUGCCUGGAGCUGUUCACCAGGCCCAAGGUGCUGCCCUGUCAGCACACCUUCUGUCAGGACUGUCUACAGGACCUUGCAAGUAAGCGAAUGCCCUUAAUACAGGGCCUUGCAAGUAGCAGAGUGUCCUUGCUACAGGGCCUUGCAAGACGAGUUCCCUUGCAGUGCCCAAACUGUCGUCAGCAGGUCAGGCUGCCACCCCAGGGGGUCACAGGUUUGCCAGACAACCACCUGGUGACAAGUCUGUGUGAGAGGCUGCAAAACCAGGCCACACUGUCAGGGGAAACAAAGGAACAACCCCAGUCUGGAAACAGGUGCAGCUUACACCCCUCAGAGGAAGUCAAGCUCUACUGUAAACAGUGUAACAUGCCAGUUUGUAGUGAGUGUUGUGAAGAAGGCCAUGAUGGACAUCAGACCAAGGGCCUUAAAAAAGCUGCACAGGAAAGGAGUUUGACAGUCCAGGCCUUGAUCAAUGAGGGGAGGAACAUUCUGGAAAGUUACAGUAGCUUCAUCAGAGAUCUUGGAGAAAAAGAAAAAACCCUGAUUGAACAGAAACAGCAGACAGACAACAGCAUCAUUCACGCCUACAACCAAAUUGUGCAGAAACUCACAGAGAGAAAGGAUCACCUCUUAUCUGAAUCACAUCAAAAUCACAGUGCGAACUUGGAGAAAAUACAGACUGAAAGGGACAGAGUUUUGCCCGAUGUUAACGAUCUGUCUGCUGCCUGUGAUCGAGCAGAACAAGAACUGCAGCAGGGAUGGGUUGGAUUCCAUAGUCAGAAAACAUUUAUCUUAACAGAGAUGGUGGAAAAGUACAGAGGAAAAGCAGCACCAACUCCUGUACAAACCCAGCCUGCUGUCUUUCAGCCCACAGACACCCCAGUGCCAGAAUUGGGACAUGUGACGGUCCAGUCUCUCCCACCUGCACCAAUCCCAGCAGCACCUGCACCAAUCCCAGCAGCAUUUGUAGCAGGGGGUAGAAGUCAUCACAGAAGGAAAGGAAAGCAUCAACCUGCACCAAUUCGAGCAGCUCUCGCACCAAUCCGAGCAGCACCUGCACCAAUCCAAGCAGCACCUGCAGCAAAGGGCACAGGUCAUCACCAGGAUCAGUCUCAGAGGGUGACAUUUGGUGGAAAGGGAUCAGGAACAGGACAGUUCAAUGGUCCAUCCGGUGUUACAGUGUCAGAUGAAGGGGAGAUCUUUGUAGCAGACUACUGGAACCAGAAGAUCCAAGUCUUCACCCUGCAGGGAACAUUUGUUCACCAAUUUCCAACAGUCGUGUCAGGUGAAGAGAGAGUGACCCCACAAGAUGUGGCCAUGGACAGGGAGGGGAACCUGUGGGUGGUGGGCGACACACGGUCUGCUGAGUUUGCUGUGCAGUACAACAAACAGGGCAGUGUGCUGAGAAAUUUUGACUUACAGAAGACAGGGUGGCACAGAGGAGUUGCCGUGGACACCAGGAGGAACCACAUCCUCAUCACACAAACCACAGGAGACUGGCAUGGUGAAGUUUUUGUGUACAGCCCAGAUGGGACACUUGUGAGAACUGUGGGUCAGCAGCAGGGGAUGAAGUAUCCACAGUACAUCACUGUUGAUAGGAAAGGAAACAUUCUUGUGUCAGACUGUAACAAUCACUGUGUCUAUGUGUACAAUGAGGAUGGACAGUAUCUGUUCCAGUUUGGAUCCUUUGAGAGAAAUGGUCAAGAUCAGCUGUACAAACCCCGUGGCAUCUGUACAGAGAGUGCAGGUAACAUCAUUGUGGCAGACAGUGGAAACAACCGUGUAGAAAUGUUUGACAAGACAGGAAAGUUCCUCAAGUUCAUCACUACAGACAUGGGCAAGCCAUGGGCUGUUGCCAUGACAACAAAUGGACAGCUGGUGGUGACUUUGUGGGAUAAAUACUUCUUUAAGAACAACCACACAGUCUGCAUAUUUCAUAUAUAAGGACAUACUGACUUAAUUUUAUGGUUAACAUCCUCAAAACUAAUGCACACGAGGGUAAAGAAAAAGAGAAAAAUUCUGCAAAACAUUCAGUUCAUUCUUUCCCAGGCUUGGUUUGUCUUAUGUUCACCUCCAGUAAGACUUCACAUGUAAGUGACAAUUGUCGCCAUUUCAAUAAAAAUGUUUUUAUUGUCAUUCUUGUUUAAAGAGGGGAACAAGGGUGCUGUGGCCCCAUGCCCUGACUAUGUGCCCCUUAUCCUGGAGAGCAGAUCCUCUGGCAUGUAUGAAAUUAUGAUUAACCAGAGGUGCUAUUGGGUCAUAUGUGGCCAGAUAUUUUGGGGAAAAGGCGAAAACCAAUGUGAGUGCAAAUCCAUGAAAUAAAGUCAGUGUGGCCUAACUCCUGCCUGACUAACCAAUGCACCUUGACAGUCCUGCAUGUACAAUAUACAUGUCAUGUAUGAUAAAAAGGAAAGACAACAUUGAAAAUUGAAAACACUUUUCCUGCAGGUGAUCUGAAAGUAGACUUAAGUAUGUUAGAAACGACCUGAUAAAUAAGCCCUAUUCAGUAAUGAACAUGGCUACUGUUACAAUUUGAGUUUGUUUAAUAUACACUAUCAUGUAUUCACAAUCAUGUAAUACUGCAGCUGUAAACAGCUCAUGAGAAGAUGAGAAAGCUUGUUAUGGAUGAAAGUGUACUUUUAGCCUUUAGGCCACACCAAUUUUAUCUGCUGUUUCCCGGAUUUCUCGACCAUAUUUUUUGGUAUUUGAAAAAAAAAAAACUUUUAAAAAUGAUGGCCACACCUUAUUUUGACAAAAUUUCACUGCCUCUCCUUUCUCAAAUUAAC